CGUCAGGCGCCGACGCACCUGUCGGCCCUGCUAACGCCGCUCCUGUCGGCUUCCCGGGGUCGGUGGGUCGGGCGGGACGGUCCCGAGCCGCAGCCCUUCCUGCGGUCCCGUCGCCCGCGGCCGGAGUCGGGCCGAGCGCCGAGGAGGGGUGCUGGUGGCCGGCCGCUCCAGUUCCUCCCCGAGUUGGAGCAUGGCUGCAGCUGCGGUCCCUCCAGAGGGAGGUGAGCUCGGAGGCGGUCGUGUUUGAUUCGGGGCAGCAGCGGGUCGAGUCCAGGGCCCCGGAGCCGGCGGCUCCAACUUGAUGCGGCUCCCGCCCGGCUGAGCCCGUGGGUCGCGGUCGCGGUGGGGCUGGCCGCGCCGGCCGCCCUCAGAUGCGGAGCCCGCCGGCGGCGCAGGACGCGGCCCCGGGGCUGCUGUCUGCCUCUGAGCGGCUAGAUAACCAGACAGCUAAAUGGAGUCUGAGCAGCUGUUUCAUAGAGGCUACUAUAGAAACAGCUACAAUAGUAUAACUAGUGCAAGUAGUGAUGAGGAGCUUUUAGACGGAGCAGGUGUGAUUAUGGACUUUCAGACUUCUGAAGAUGACAACUUGUUAGAUGGUGACACAGUAGUGGGAACUCAUUACACCAUGACAAACGGGGGCAGCAUCAGCAGUUCCACCCACCUGCUGGACCUUCUGGAUGAACCCAUCCCGGGCGUUGGUACCUAUGAUGAUUUCCACACCAUUGAUUGGGUGCGGGAGAGAUGUAAAGACAGGGAAAGGCACAGACGGAUCAACAGCAAAAAGAAAGAAUCAGCAUGGGAAAUGACAAAAAGUUUGUAUGAUGCGUGGUCAGGAUGGCUAGUAGUAACACUAACGGGAUUGGCAUCAGGGGCAUUGGCUGGUUUAAUAGACAUCGCCGCCGACUGGAUGACUGACCUCAAGGAGGGCAUCUGCCUUAGCGCACUGUGGUACAACCACGAACAGUGUUGCUGGGGGUCUAAUGAAACCACGUUUGAGGAGAGGGAUAAAUGUCCACAGUGGAAAACAUGGGCGGAAUUAAUCAUAGGGCAAGCGGAGGGUCCUGGUUCGUACAUCAUGAACUACAUAAUGUACAUCUUCUGGGCCUUGAGUUUCGCCUUUCUUGCCGUUUCCCUGGUGAAGGUGUUUGCUCCGUACGCCUGUGGCUCUGGGAUUCCAGAGAUUAAAACUAUUUUGAGUGGAUUCAUCAUCAGAGGCUACUUGGGAAAAUGGACUUUAAUGAUUAAAACCAUCACAUUAGUACUGGCUGUGGCAUCAGGUUUGAGUUUAGGAAAAGAAGGGCCCUUGGUACACGUUGCCUGUUGCUGUGGAAAUAUCUUUUCCUACCUCUUUCCGAAGUACAGCACAAAUGAAGCUAAGAAAAGAGAGGUGCUAUCAGCUGCCUCAGCUGCAGGUGUUUCUGUAGCUUUUGGUGCACCGAUCGGAGGAGUUCUUUUCAGCCUGGAAGAGGUUAGCUAUUAUUUUCCUCUAAAAACUUUAUGGAGAUCAUUUUUUGCUGCUUUAGUGGCUGCAUUUGUUUUGAGAUCCAUCAAUCCAUUUGGUAAUAGCCGUCUGGUCCUUUUUUAUGUGGAGUACCAUACACCGUGGUACCUUUUUGAACUGUUUCCCUUUAUUCUCCUCGGGGUAUUUGGAGGGCUGUGGGGAGCCUUUUUCAUUAGGGCAAACAUUGCCUGGUGUCGCCGCCGCAAAUCGACCACGUUUGGAAAGUACCCUGUUCUCGAGGUCAUCGUUGUCGCAGCCGUCACCGCUGUGGCAGCCUUCCCUAACCCCUACACGAGGCUCAACACCAGUGAGCUGAUCAAAGAGCUUUUCACAGACUGCGGCCCCCUGGAAUCCUCUUCUCUCUGCGACUACAGGAAUGACAUGAACGCCAGUAAAAUCGUGGAUGACCUUCCUGAUCGUCCAGCAGGCCUUGGAGUAUAUUCAGCUAUAUGGCAGUUAUGCUUGGCGCUCAUAUUUAAAAUCAUAAUGACAGUGUUCACUUUUGGUAUCAAGGUCCCGUCGGGCUUGUUCAUCCCCAGCAUGGCCAUCGGCGCGAUCGCCGGCCGCAUCGUGGGCAUCGCAGUGGAGCAGCUGGCCUACUAUCACCACGACUGGUUCAUCUUCAAGGAGUGGUGUGAGGUCGGGGCCGACUGCAUCACCCCCGGCCUUUACGCCAUGGUCGGCGCGGCCGCCUGCUUAGGUGGUGUGACGAGGAUGACCGUGUCCCUGGUGGUCAUUGUUUUUGAGCUCACUGGAGGCUUGGAGUAUAUUGUUCCCCUGAUGGCUGCAGUAAUGACCAGUAAAUGGGUUGGAGAUGCCUUUGGGAGGGAAGGCAUUUAUGAAGCUCACAUCCGGCUAAAUGGAUACCCUUUCUUGGAUGCAAAAGAAGAAUUCACUCAUACCACCCUGGCUGCCGAUGUCAUGAGGCCUCGAAGGAGUGACCCUCCGCUGGCCGUCCUGACCCAGGACAACAUGACCGUGGAUGACAUAGAAAACAUGAUUAACGAGACCAGCUACAACGGCUUUCCUGUCAUAAUGUCCAAAGAGUCUCAGAGAUUAGUGGGAUUUGCCCUCAGAAGAGACCUGACAAUUGCAAUAGAGAGUGCCAGAAAGAAACAGGAAGGGACAGUGGGCAGCUCCCGCGUGUGCUUCGCCCAGCACACCCCGUCGCUCCCAGCAGAGAGUCCCCGGCCGCUGAAGCUACGCAGCAUCCUUGACAUGAGCCCGUUCACGGUCACGGACCACACGCCCAUGGAGAUCGUGGUGGACAUCUUCCGCAAGCUGGGCCUGCGGCAGUGCCUGGUCACGCACAACGGGACCGUCUUGGGGAUCAUCACCAAGAAGAACAUGGUAGAGCACCUGGAGGAGCUGACGCGGCGCGCCGAGCCCCUGACGCCUCCUUGGUAUCAUCACAAAAAAAGAUAUCCUCCGUCAUAUGGCCCAGACGGCAAACCAAGACCCCGCCUCCAUAAUGUUCAACUGAGCCCCGUGACGUCGGAGGGAGAGGAGGCCGGGGAGGAGGCCCGCCUGCUGAGCAGCACCGCGCUUUAACCCGCUUCAAAAAAGGAAAUAGAAAAGCCGGGCCGCUGCAGCAUGGUUUGCAAUACUGCUGGUGGAAUGGAGGAGUUGUUUGGGGAGGGAAAGGAGAGAGAGAAGGAGGCGAGUGAGUAUCUCCCAUCCCACGAGGGCAGCACGUGGUCUCCUGUCUGCGCUGGAUGCGCUCAGCCCGGGGUGUGGCCUGGGCCUCCCUCCACGGGGAGGGCGCCCGAGCCUGACCCCGGCCCCCGGCCUGCUCUCCAGCACCGCAGAGACGUGCCUGUUUCGGGAGGGAUCCCUCUGAGUCGAGCCAUCUCUAAGACUGCAAGGUCUUGCCCUUUUUUAAUCAAAACUUUUCUGUUUAACUCAUGAAUUGUACAGUUAAAGCGUUACCUUUCUACAUUCCGGACGAGCUUCUCCCUCUCCCCGCCACCCCUUCUCUCUCGCGCUCUAACAAAGCCUCUGUAAGUUGGUGUACCCUUUGGAAGCAGUCCUUUCUCAUAUUGAGAUGCACUGAGGUUGUACUGAGGUUUCACACACACGAAGGGAGUGUUUCUGGUGCCCUUAACCCUGUAGUUUGCCCCAUCACGAGAUGCUCGGUGCCGUCACGUGUGCGCCGACAGGCCCAUGGCACCGGGAAGACCUCCACGGAGGAGAAACGAGCUCUCGCUUGGGUGCCGUGUGGUUCAGAAUCAGCAACGGUGAACUUGACUUGUGAGGAUAAACAGUUUUCUUUUUGCUUUUUUUUCUGCCCCUCUCUGACUUUACGGAUAAUGUGACCUGGUCGUAUGCAGAUUUUCUGUUUGUAAAACUCCUAUAAUACACAAGUACUGUUGCAUGUAAGGAGACAAGAGGCUGCUUCAUUGACAGUGCCGAGAAGGAGGAAUUCUGUUUAGCUGCACCUGGUGUGAGUUGCAUGUUUAAACACUGGAAUUUUCUUUUUCUUGAAAUUAGAUCAGUCUUUUUCUUUUCUUUUCUUUCCUCAAGGUGUUUUACUGCUGACACUGAAGAAGAAAUGUAAUUCAUAACUUGCACUAAAUGUAUAUUUCUUUCUUAAAAAUUUACCAUUCUUAUUUAUAUUUUUAUGGAUUAAAAUUUAUAAAAUACAGAUCAGUUAAUAUCGCACUUAAGUAAUUUUACCUUUUUAAUGUGAUUUUUGUAGACUAAUUCAGACUUAGAAAUAUGGAGAUACGAACAAAGUUUACAGUGGGAACAAGGGUUUACGAUGUGGUUAUGGUUAUUUCUCUGUGAUCAGAUGUGUACGGAAACCUUUUCUGAUCUUUCACUGCCAUCCCCUGGGUUGUCUUCUGACCUGUCCAUUUUGACUCAUUAACUGGAAGCUGAAACUACAUAUUAUUUUGCAGAUUAAAACCAAAAGUUUAAUACUGUUAACCUUUAAAAGAAAAACGAAAACAGUAGAAUUGCAGAGUUGGCAGUUAAAACGUUAAUCUGAACAGAACCUGUGACUCUUUGCAUAGGUCGCAUCCAGGUGUCCAGUGACGUUUUGAAUCCACACUGCACUUCUUUGCAGGAUGAGUUGAAAAUGUACUGGGAUGUGUUUGGAAUUGUGGGUUUUGGAAAUAUCUGACUUAAUCGUGGUCUUAAUUCACUAUUGGCAAAGGCAGUUUACUUGAAGCACUGGCCUAAAAAUUCUGGAUUAUGUAUUUUUGGAGGCAAAAAUGAAUUUUUACAGACAGACGUUUUCUGAAACAUAAGUGGCAAUGAACUGUUUUUACAUUUUUAGCAGUGGUUCUUCACUGCCUGGUUCUUAAUAUAUCUGUAAGAGCUGUGAGGUCACGGAAGAUCUUUACGAUCUGGAAGGUUUAUAAGAUCAUGAGGCCAGAUUAGAGUGACAGUUGAGAGUUGAGCAAAAUGUUAGGAAUUUCGUGAGACCUUCUCAGUUUUGCUGUGUGCCUGCAGUUAGUGUUUUGUCCCCGUUCCUACCCACUUGGCUGCCUCCAUGCUUUCUUCCUGGCGUCUGGAGGUCAGUCCUUCCUGAAUGAUGGUCCUGUGCGUCGCCUCUCGACCUGUCAUCCGUGCAUUUGCCCUGAGAGGCACGGCCUCAUGAAGUCACACGUGGCGUGGAUUUUGUCUCCCACGUUUCCUUUCCGAUUUCAGGUCCUGCUUCAGAGACUGACAUCUCGGGCGGAUGUUGAUUUUCUUCUCGGUGUGUCCGCCCUGCUGAGACAGGGGAGGGGGGGGCCGUGUCUCCAGUGCGCUGGUGGUUGUCUGCGUCACUCUGUCCCACUUUUCCUUUUGGUACGUUGGGGUGUGUCUGCUUUUCAGCCGAAGGAGGGAACACUGGAGACCGUGAGAUCCAUGUGCCUGGCUCACUGGCGAACGGAUUGACCGAUGUGGGCCGAGUGCCUCAUUUGAGUACCCUUUUAGAGAAGGUAUGAUGAGAAUGGGCAAGGGUGUCAGCAUCCCUUCUUACUCAGCAUUGUUUUCAGUUUUGGCUCAUGAAGAAUGCUUAGUUUGUUAAUCUGUGAUGUUGCCUAGAGCUGUAUUUAUCUGUUUUUAUUUAUACUCAUGUAGUAAAGCUGCAUAUCAUUACAGUAAAAACGGUUACUGUGAUGAGUCAAUCAGAAACUCUAUUAAAAUCUGUAUGACAGUG